UUCGAUAGUCUAUUACAAGGAGGUAGCACAUACUUAUUGCAUUCUAGAUCGAGCUGAUCAGCAGAGAUAGGUUGCCACACUGACUGUCUGCGUGUAGAGUGCUGCCAUCGGCAAAGCUGUGGAUGAAACUGAUCGUGCAGGAGUGGAAGUCAUGUAAUAAAAACAAUGUGGGGGCCGAGACCGAUUCCUGGGGCACACCCGCGUUGAUAUUGUGGGACGAAGGACCGGAGAUGAAGUCAGCUAACUAUCUUCUCUGAAAGGCCAUCUGUUACGUUUGGCCGCUAAGUCGGCAGUACGUAGAUACACUCUGUGAUACUGUAACCUAAAACCUUCCUGUACAUUUUGGCCACAUCUACCAAAACGCACCGUACCUAAACUAUAUCAACCAAACGUACCACACGGGGCGCCGACACCUUUCUCCGCACGUAUAAUCACAAGUCAAUCAGUCCGACUGAGAUAGAGUAGGAGAAAAGUAUAUAUAGAAAAUUUAAAGAGAAUUUCCUCACUUUCAUCGAUACAACAGAAAUGAAGGAGUUGUUUUUGUUAGUUUUGUUUGUGCCUGCCAGUGUGUUGGUCCAGGUCCAUGCGGUCCAGCAACAAGGAUACUACCAGCACCAACAACCGCAAUACAAUGCAGUGCCAGUACCGACUUAUAGGAACCAACAUGCCUCGCAAGGGUACUUGACGCACCAGGAUGUUCCGGCCAAUCACAGGACGCAGGCGUUGAGCCCAGCACAAAUCCAUUCUCAGUUGUCAGCUCAAGCGAAGGAAGCCUUCGCAUCAGCUAGGAAGCCACAACAGGCCUACUACAGACCUAUCCCUGCUGUCCCAGUCCAUGUGCAACCUGCCGCAGCGGCUGCUGGGCAUCCUAGACAAGUUUCAGUACCUCAAGUAGUAACCCCUCAACCACAACAGUACAGGCCACAGCCUCAGGAGUACAGGCCACAGCCUCAAGAGUACAGACCACAGCCUCAAGAGUACAGGCCACAAGCUCAAGAGUACAGGCCACAGGCUCAAGAAUACCGGCCACAACCACAAGAGUACAGGCCACCACCGCCUCAACAAUAUCACCAUCCAACGCCAGUCCAAUCACAAUACAGGGUUUCACAAGCUCCACAGUAUUCACUUCACCAACAGAAGAAACAUCAAGAUGACGAAGAGGAAAAAUAUAGUCCACCAAAUCCCUAUGCGUUUGGCUUCGACGUCCAAGAUGACCAUUACACCAACUAUCAAAACCGCAAAGAACAAAGUGAUGGAAAGAAGAUAACCGGAAGUUACUCAGUUGUAGAUUCGGAUGGAUUCUUAAGAACUGUGCAGUACACGGCGGAUCCAAAAGAAGGCUUUAAGGCUGAGGUAACUAGGCAACCAACAGAUAUUAAAGUGAAGAUUCCAAAGCCACUGCCGCAGUUCCAGACUCAACAAAAAUAUGCCCACCAGGACCCCCAGCAGUACCUACAGGAAGUUCCGGUACAAAGAGGAGAGCACCACCAACAACAACCAGAGUAUCAACAAUAUUAGGACAUUAAGAAAUUUUUGAAGCCAUUCUGUACCUACCUUGAUGUUCAAGUACAAAUGCUUGCUCAUCCUCACUUUAUAUCACUUUAUGAUAUAUGUGAAAAGGCAUAUUUAUACCACGGAAAAUUUCUUAUAAUGAUCUGCGAUCUCCUAUAGCAGAAACUGUUUGGAGUAUUUUUUGGACUCCAACAAAUCUCAUUGUUAUGUACUUUUGUUAUUAUAGGAUAUUUUUGUAAUUUAUAUCUUAGUGUAAUACAUCCG